UCAGUGAUGGGAAAGGCAGGAGUGCUCUGCUGUCCUCUGCUGUUGGCUGGUGCUCAGAGAAGCGCUCGUGCUGCAGUUCCUACAAGACCCACUCAAACGGAACGGUAACCACGGCACAAACAGGACGAUGGGGGAGCGCAGCGCUAACAAACUGCGGAUUAUUGGCUCGGUAUUUGUCAGCCUAUAUUAAAAACAAGUGAAACGAAAGAGAGGGGUGAUGAAGGUGACGAUGAAGAUGACACGCCAGGAAUCGAGCGCGAGACCGCUGAUCGCUCUCAUCAGAUGCUGAUGAUGGUCGCGCGACCUGCGUGAUUUCAUCCCGCUGGAGCUUCCUGGUUCCUUUGCAUCACCUUAUCUGAGUCCCAGCCAACCUGACAGAAUGAUUGAAGAGGGAAGUAAAAGCAGCAAGUCCAUGGUGGAGAAGAGACAGCUCUUCAUGGAGAUGAGGGCACAAAACUUUGAUGUUAUUCGCCUCUCAACGUAUAGGACGGCAUGUAAGCUACGAUUUGUUCAGAAACGAUGCAACCUUCAUUUAGUGGACGUGUGGAACAUGAUCGAAGCUUUCCGUGACAAUGGGUUGAGCACGUUAGACCACAACGCGGAGAUUAAUGUGUCACGUCUGGAGACCAUUCUGUCCUCCAUCUUCUACCAGCUCAACAAGCGGCUGCCCACCACCCACCAGAUAAACGUGGACCAGUCCAUAGGAUUGCUGCUAAACUUCAUGGUGGCCACUUAUGACAGUGAAGGCCAUGGGAAACUCACAGUGUUUGCUAUGAAGGCAAUGCUAGCUACGAUGAGUGGCGGUAAAAUACUGGACAAAUUACGUUAUAUAUUUUCCCAGAUAGCAGACUCAAAUGGGGUGAUGGUCUUUGCUAAAUUUGACCAGUUCCUGAGGGAAGUGUUGAAGCUCCCCACGGCGGUGUUCGAGGGGCCGUCAUUUGGCUACAACGAGCACUCUGUGAGAACAUGCUUUCCUCAGCAGAGGAAGAUCUUGCUGAAUACGUUUUUGGAUGUGUUGAUGGCAGAUCCACCCCCGCAGUGUCUCGUAUGGCUACCUCUCAUGCACCGACUCGCUAAUGUAGAGAAUGUCUUCCAUCCAGUGGAAUGUUCUUAUUGCCGGAGUGAGAGCAUGAUGGGUUUCCGCUACCGCUGCCAGCAGUGCCAUGGCUACCAGCUUUGUCAGAGCUGCUUCUGGCGUGGUCAUGCCAGUGGUCCCCAUAGCAACCAGCACCAGAUGAAGGAGCACUCCUCGUGGAAGUCUCCAGCUAAGAAGCUCAGCCAUGCCAUCAGUAAGUCUCUGGGCUGCAUGCCGAUCGGAGAGCCGCCUCACCCUGUGUUCCCAGAGGCAGCGGAAAGACCUCAGGACCACGCACACACCACUCAGCUGAGGCCAGUGGCCAACGACAUGAACGAUACCGUUCUCAUUUCCUCCGGGGCGCCCACACCUUCAAAAAGCACCCUUGAGAGUCCCAGCAGACUUGAUGAAGAGCAUCGUCUUAUCGCGCGGUAUGCUGCUCGUCUGGCAGCAGAGGCCAGCAACUCCACUCAAUGCCCUCCAGCUGAUCUGAGUUUCAACUUUGAUGCUAAUAAGCAACAGAGGCAGCUCAUCGCAGAACUAGAGAAUAAAAACAGGGAGAUACUGCAGGAAAUCCAGCGUCUCCGUCUAGAACAUGAACAGGCUUCUCAACCCACUCCAGAGAAAGCCCAGCAGAACCCCACUCUACUGGCAGAGCUACGACUGCUGCGGCACAGAAAAGACGAGUUGGAGAGGCGCAUGUCGGCCCUGCAGGAGAGCAGGAGAGAACUGAUGGUCCAGCUGGAAGGUCUCAUGAGGCUGCUGAAGGAUGAAGAGCAGAAACAGGGAGCUCAGACGGGGAGUUCACCCCACUCAUCUCCCAGCCACAGUGCCAGCUGCACCAUGCCUAUGCCCAUCCGCUCCACCUCAGCAGGCUCAACCCCCACACACACGCCACAGGACUGCCUGGCAGGGGUCGGAGAUGACGUCCUGGAUGCCUUCUCUCAGGGUGUACCAAGAAAUCUCCGUAAUGAUCUUUUAGUGGCUGCAGACUCCAUCACAAACACUAUGUCAUCACUGGUGAAAGAACUUCACUCAGUGGAUGACGGUUUGGAGGAAGAAGAGUGUAACAUGCGAAAUGGAAGAGAGAAGGCUGAGUCAGAGUAAAAGAAUAUAGAAUAUUUCAUUGUCAUCGCUGAAGCAUUCUGGGAAAAGGCACUCCACCCCUUCAUUCUAAGCCCCAGGAAAGAACCAGCAACAUCAAAAGCUCUCUGGCAUUCGCACAUUGACAAAUGCAUGCUCUUCCCCAACUGGGUUUCACUAUGUGAAACAAACUCUUCAUCACACCUUGCACAGAGCAAGUUGUACUUAUUAGGAAGUAUAUAAAUAUAUAUACAUAUAUAUAUAUAUAUUAUAUAUAUAGAUAUAUAUAUAUAUAUAUUAUAUAUAUAUAUAUAUAUAUAUAUAUAUAUAUAUAUAUAUAUAUAUAUAUAAAUAUAGCUCUAUGUCUAUCUGUAUAAACCCAUUGUUACAGUAUCAUGUUACCCAUGAGAAUGGCUUGUUUGUGCUUUCUUAAAAAAACCUUUAUGACUUUGUGAUUACUACUCUCUGAAACGAACGCACUGUGCAUCUUCAUGACGUCACUCAAAUCGAUCUAUGCUGUAGCUAUUUUUCCAGAUGUUCCCCACACAGGAAGCUUUUUUGUAUAACUCGUGAUGAUUUUUUUGUGUUUUAAUGCAUGGAGUGGCUCUACUGGAUAGAUGGAGAGGGCUUGUAUUUGCUCUGCAUGUGACAUUUAUUCCGACCGACUCGAGUGAUGCCUGCUCCGUCGCUCCUUGUAGUCUUCUGAUCAACAAACUGCUGCUUCUGCAUCACAUGCAUCCCAACCACCAUAUAUCAGGGACGUCUCGUAGAGCUCGCCGUUUGUCUGGGAUUUCCGCUACUGUGUUAAGUUAAGCCCGUCGUUGUGGCCGUUGUUUUAGCGCUUAGGUAUUGCCUCUUAAUUUAGAGUAUCGCAUAUGUAUCUCUCUGUAUUUUUGGAGCGCUUAAAGGUACUUUAAUGGAAUACGGAUGUAUGUUCCGUAUAUCCAUAAACCAGCUUAGCCAGCCAUCUUUGAGUGCACACGUCUCUGUAAAAGUUACUUCAAAAGCUUUAUUGAGUUCAGUUAUUGUGUAUACUCGUGUAAAAUAAAUGAAACCAGUGCUCAGGGACUGUUGAGAGAGGAACGCUUGUGAACAACGCUUGUGAACAAAUGGGUGGAAUUUACUUUGACACCACAAAGGUCAAAUGUCAAAGAUUAGCACAGGUCAUAAAAACUUUAUGGAACUUUAUGGAGUGUGGAAAACAGGAUCGUUGUAUGGAAGCCCAUCUCUGCCACAUAAGAAAAUUUUUUUUUGUAAUUCGUAAUUUAUUACGAUUAUGUAUUAUGACAUAACAAUUUUUAAUUAUGACAAACAGUCAAAACUAUGCCAUAAAUAGUCAAAAUGAUGAGAUAACAGUCAUAAUUAUGACAAAAAAUAUAAAUUAUGAGCUAAAUUAUAAUUAUGACAAUUCAACAUUGAGAUAAAAAAUCUUGUCAUUCAAUUAUGCCAUAAAAGCAUGAAAAAUAAUACAAAUAAUUCUAACCUGAAUAAUAUAACUGUAACAUAAAAAGAGUUGAAAGUUUGAAAAAAUUUGAAAGUAUGACAUAGUAAGUCUUAAAUAUAAGAUAAAAAGACAUAAUUAUGAAAUUAAAUUCAUAACUAUGACAAAAUUUGAAAUUAUAAGAUAAAUUAUAAUUAUGACAAGUCAAAACUGAGAUUUAAAAUCAAAAUUGUCAUGAAAGCAUAAAAAUAAUAAAAGCACAAAAAAAUUCAAACAUAAAAAACAUUAUGACAUAAAAAGUUGAAAGUUUGACUUACAAUUUGAAAUUGACAUACUAAGUCAUAAAUAUAAGAUAAAAGUUGAAAGUAUGAGAUAAAAAUCAACGUUAUGUGACUUAAACUGACAAAAAGUCUAAAUUGUGACAUACUGUCAUAAUUAUGAGAUAACACGUUACAGUUAUGACAGCCAAAAUUAUAGAAAAAUAUUAGAAAAAGUCAUGACUGACAAAAGUUUGCCUUUUUAUCUCAAAAUUUCAGCUUUUUAAAUGAUUUUGAAUAAUCUCAUAAUUAUGACUUAAUUUAUCAUAAUUUCGGUUUUUAAUGUUAUAAUUAUGAUUCAUAAAAGCAGAAUUUUUCUUUCUUAUGUGACAUAAAUGGCUUCCAUAGUGUGUUAGGAAGAAGACAUGUCUGACCUGUGCUUAGCGUCUGAAGCUUUAUUGUCGUGAGGAAGAGAGUUUGACUUACUGUACUUGAAUCAGAAGGAAUUCAGGUUCAAUAAUUACAUUUAUCUAAUUAUUAUAAGUAUGUAAUUGUGUUAUACUUGUGAUUUGUUCUUUAUUAGUUUGGUUUCAAAUAAGAAAUAAUAACCAUUUUUUAAAAAACAUUUUGUUUAUGACUGCUAACAUUUGAAUGUUAAAUUAGAUAAAUCCACUUAGCAACAGUUUAAAGUGAGUCUUGGUGUAGAAUAUUAAGAUUCUUUGACAUUUAUGAGGGUCAUUAGAUGAAAUGAUUCAUUCACGGUUUAUUACUUUUCUAAAAUGCUUGUAAUUCUGCAUAAGGAAGUCUUUUAAAUGGCUAAUAUGAACAGUGAGGUCUCACUUACACUGGAAAAAGUGUUGCUUUUGUUAUAGUGAGUGCAAUCAUAUAUAUUUGCGUUUUCAAAUCAGAUUUUGCAUAUCAUAAUGCUUGUUCUGUGUUUCAAAGAAAGGAAUAUACAAUGUAGUUGGGAAUUUAUUGUUAUUGUUUAAGCUUGUAUGACAACGUACGAAAUACUCUCAGAGGGCAAGUUUGAAAGUUUGAUUAUGUUCCAGCAUUUGCUACAAAUAUGAAUGCAAUCUUCUGAUGUAGGUGUGUGCCUAGAUGUACUGUAUAAAGUGCUGUAUAAAAUAAAAUAUUCUGCACAUGUGCAAGUCAGCCCUUAGAUAGGAGUUUUAUUAUGUGACUUAGUCGGAAUGCAGUCAUUAUUUAUCUGUGAUCUUUGGAAAAAAAUAUUGUUCUGCCUUUAAAAGUUGUGCCAAACUGUUUGCCGACCUGUAGUGCGUCCUUUAGGUAUUUGUUCUGUGUAUUUGUGCGUGUUAAACCACAAUUUAUUGAUUAUGAAUUUACCGAAGCAGUCCACCGAGAGGGUAACUAAUAACGGGGUGCCUUAAAUGGUUGAAACACAAUACAGUUUAAGCGGAAGGAACCCUGCUUGAAAUCAAUUGCAAGCAUCAUUGCGAAUUUAUAUGUUACAGAUGGGCCUCCAACGGAGGACCUCCUAUGUUAUCAAAGUUAGACGAAACAAUAUUUCAAAAACGAAAUCCGCAACAUCAGGUUUUCAUUUCUUUGGCAACUCGUGAUUUUAUUGUUUUAAGAUUCCAAACUGUCAGCUGAAGCUACAAACACUGUUUUAUUAUUUCAUUUGGUGGUUUUGCUGCUGUAUACAAUCAUUGAUUGCAAUGGUUUACGUCCAUAUUUGUGUUUACAUCACCCCUAUGUCUUUUUGUAUACUAUUAAAGUGUAAAAUAUCUGAAAAAA